AUGGAACUGAAAUACAAUGGCAUGUUUAACUGUGGUGGUUUGAUGAGGGGGAAGUUUGGAGGGGAAGGUGUUUUUGGGAUGAUGGGCAUGGCAGACAAGGGUGGCAAAGCAAACUUGGGCUCUGGAAAAAAUGGUGUAAUUGGUUCCUUCCAUGGUGGGAGUCUAGGGAGAGUUGGCAUAUGUGGCAUUGGUGGUAAAGCAGGUUUUGAAAAAAUUGGUGUAACUGGUUCCUUCCAUGGUGGUAGCUUAGGGAGAGAUGGCAUAUGUGGCAUUGGUGGCAUUGUAGGCUUAGGAAAAAUUGGUGCACCUGGUUCCUUCCACGGUGGGAGUUCAGGAAAAGCUGGCAUUUGUGGCAUUGGUGGUAAUGUAGGUUUAGGAAAAGUUGGUUCUAUGGGCAUUGGUGGAAAAGUUGAUUCUACUGUCAUUGGUGGAAUUGAAGUUGAAGGCUUUAAAUGUGCUGGCAUAGCCUUAGGUGGCAGUUCAGACUUUGGAAAACCAGGCAUGGUUGGGAUCAUUGGUAAUGUGAGUUUAGGGAAAGAUGGUGUAAUUGGUUUCUUCUGUGGGAUGUGUUUAGGAAAAUUUGGUGUGUCUGGCAUCGGCGGAAAUGCGGGUUUAGGAAAAGUUGGUUCUGCUGUCAUCGGUGGCAUGACCAUUGGUGGCAAUUCAGGUUUUAUAAAAAUGGGCAUGGCUGGCUGUGGUGGUAAUGGAAACUUAGGUUUAGGAAGAGUCGGAACAAUUUGUUUUGGUGGUACCGUAGGUUCUAGAUGUGUUGGCGCACCAGGCAUCGAAGGCUUAGGAUGA